AGCCGCUAAUAUCAUCUAAACGCCCCUUGGCUGAUGUUUUGACAGAAAUUCACACAAUUGAUAAGAUUUUUUUGUGAAAUUAUUUCCACAUCAGUUUUGACGCUGCCUUGAAAAGUCUUGAAAAUCAGUCCCACCAUGGCUCACAGUGCCCGGAGGGAUUCCCCGGAGCUCCCUGACUUCUCGAUGCUCAAGAGGCUGGUCAAAGAUCAGCUCAUCUACCUGCUGGAACAGCUGCCGGGGAAGAAGGACCUCUUCAUUGAGGCAGACCUGAUGAGCCCGCUGGAUCGAAUUGCUAAUGUGUCAAUACUAAAGCAACAUGAAGUCGACAAACUCUACAAAGUGGAAUACAAACCUGUUAUGAGCACAUCAGAACAGCUCUGUUUUCUGAUCCGGCCAAGAAUACAGACUGUGAAGUGGAUAUGUGAUGUGGUCAAUGCAGAUAAGACAGCAGGAAAAUGUAGAAGAUACAAGCUCAUCUUUACCCCUCAGAAGUUCUACGCGUGUGAGGCGGUGCUGGAGGAGGAGGGCAUCUUUGGUGAUGUGUCCACUGAUGAAUGGACUUUCAACCUCCUUCCACUGGAUGAAGACAUCCUCAGUCUGGAGCUGCCAGAAUUCUUCCAAGACUACUUCCUGGCAGGGGACCAGCGCUGGGUGAGGACCGCAGGCACUGCUCUACACCUCCUUCAUUCCUUGUAUGGCCCGUUUUCAAAGGUCUACGGGAUUGGACGAUGUUCCAAGAUGGUGUACGAGUUGUGGAGGGAGCAGGUAGAAGAGGGAGAACAAAAAGCUCAUCAGGCUGAAAUAGGGAAAGUUUUUCUUAUUGACAGAGAUGUGGACUUUGUCACUCCUCUGUGCUCACAAGUUGUCUAUGAAGGACUCGUGGAUGAUAUAUUUAGAAUCAAAUGUGGUGGGUAUCAAAGCAGCAGCUGGAGAGGAUGUGUAGAGUUUGGACCUGAUGUUACCUCCUCUGACAAAAGUGUAAAAGUCAUGCUGAACUCUCAGGAUAAGGUCUUCAAUGAAAUCAGAAACGAGCAUUUCUCCAACGUCUUUGGCUUUCUCAGUCAGAAAGCCAGGAACCUCCAAACUGCAUAUGAUAAGCGUCGGGGGAUGGACAUAAAGCAGAUUAAGGCAUUUGUGUCAGAGGAACUAAAAGGGUUAAAACAGGAACAUCGGCAACUCAGCCUACACAUCGGUGCCAGUGAAUCGAUAAUGAAGAAGAAAACAAAGCAGGAUUUCCAGGAGCUGUUGAAGACAGAGCACUCUUUACUUGAAGGAUUUGAAAUUCGUGAAUGUAUUUCUUUCAUAGAGGAGCACAUGAACAGACAGGUCUCCAUGAUAGAAAGCCUUAGGCUGCUUUGUCUUCUGUCCAUCACAGAAAAUGGACUCCUGCCAAAAGAUUACCGGUCAUUAAAGGCACAGUAUCUACAGAGCUAUGGAGUGGACCACCUGUUCACAUUUGUCAGCCUGAGGCAGUUGGGGCUCCUGGUGGAGCAGCAGCCGGGGGAUACGCUGACUGUCAUGGAGAGUAAAGUGGGCAAACUGGUCAAUGACAAAACAGCAGGAAAGCUGACUGAUGCCUUCUCUUCUCUGGCAAAAAAAAGCAACUUCAGAGCCUUGAGCAGAAAACUCAGCCUGGUGCCAAAGUCAGAUGAAGAAUACGACCUGCGCGUCCCACGAGACAUGGCGUACAUCUUCAGCGGUGCCUACAUCCCUCUGAGCUGCAAACUCAUUGAGCAGGUGUUGGAGCGUGACAGUUGGACAGGACUUGAAGAAGUCACCAGGCUGCUAAAUGGGCAUGAAUUUGCUGCUGCAGGCAGCAGCGGAGCUGACUUAAGUGAGAAGAACGAUGCUCAGCGCAUCAUCCUUGUCAUGUUUCUGGGUGGCUGCACCUUCUCUGAGAUUUCAGCACUGCGUUUCCUCGGCAGAGAGAGAGGUUACAGAUUCAUUGUGGUAACAACUGCGAUUACAAACAGUUCACGACUCCUUGAGGCUUUACUGGACAACCAUGUAUGAUUGUGAGGACACACAGCCUGUCAGCACAUAACAAAGGAUGGAAACCUGACACAUUCCAUAGACUCCUCAUGCUUUCCCUCCAUUGCUGGCAUUGUUACUGAUGGAAAAUAGUCACUUCUGGUGAGGUUUCUGAUGACAAAAGAACUGUAAAGAUGUAUAAAGUAAAUACAUGUUUCUACUAUA